AUGUUUUUUCGGCAAAAAGAAGGCACCGAUCAUAAGUCCCACAGAUCAGACGAUGAUUUCAGUGACGGAGAAAAUAUUUCCCAAACAAAUGAGCUUAACGAUGAAAAAGUGCCUUCAGGACUUGACAUGCUGGUUCCAGAAAGUAAUUCUGAAUUCGAAGAAAGUGACGAUGAAACUGAGCCGCCACCACCACAAAGAAUCAUAUUCUUGGAUUGA